AUGAGGCUCUUACGGAGACGCUACAGCCCGCUGAAGGUGGCUCUGGUGGGCGUCGUUUUUGUCAUCUGCCUUUUCAUCAUGCAGAGGGACGUUGGGAACAGAGACUCGAGCGAGGAGCCCUGGCUGAAAAACAUUGUUAACGGGAAGGAUCAAGUCAUCGAUCUGAUGAUGGGGGCAGUAAACAACAUUCGGGACUCGAUGCCGAAGCUUCAGAUCCGGGCUCCGGUUCAGCAAGAGGCUUCUUCGCAGAGCACCAAGUCCUGCCUCCCCGGCUACUACACGGCCGCGGAGCUGAGGCCGCUGGUGGAGCGGCCGCCCCAGGACCCCAACAGCCCCGGGGCCGACGGCAAAGCCUUCAAGAAGGAGCAGUGGACCCCGGAGGAAACCAAGGAGAAGGAGCGCGGCUACGAAAAGCACUGCUUCAACGCCUUCGCCAGCGACCGCAUCUCCCUCCAAAGAGCGCUGGGGCCCGACAGCCGCCCGCCGGAGUGCAUCGAUCAGAAAUUCAAGCGUUGCCCACCGCUGCCCACCACCAGCGUCGUCAUAGUCUUCCACAACGAGGCCUGGUCCACGCUGCUGCGGACGGUGUACAGCGUCCUGCACGCCUCUCCGGCCGUCCUGCUGAAAGAGAUCAUCCUCGUGGAUGACGCCAGCACGGACGACUAUCUGAAAGACGAGCUGGAUCGCUACGUAAAGCAGCUGCAGAUCGUGAGAGUCGUGCGGCAGAAGGAGAGGAAAGGGCUGAUAACGGCGCGGUUGCUUGGGGCCCGCGUGGCGAGCGGAGAGGUGCUGACCUUCCUGGACGCGCACUGCGAGUGCUUCCACGGCUGGCUGGAGCCCCUCUUAUCCCGCAUUGCAGAGGAGCCCACGGCUGUCGUGAGCCCUGACAUCACCACCAUCGACCUCAACACCUUCGAGUUCUCCAAGCCCGUCCAGUACGGCAAACAGCACAGCCGGGGCAACUUCGACUGGAGCCUGACCUUCGGCUGGGAGGCUGUCCCGCUCCGGGAGAAGCAGCGAAGGAAAGACGAGACCUUCCCCAUCAAGUCACCAACCUUUGCCGGUGGGCUCUUCGCAAUUUCCCGGUCCUAUUUUGAGUAUAUUGGCUCCUAUGACGAUCAGAUGGAGAUCUGGGGAGGAGAGAAUGUGGAAAUGUCCUUCAGGGUCUGGCAGUGCGGCGGCCAGCUCGAGAUAAUCCCCUGCUCUGUCGUCGGACACGUCUUCCGCUCCAAGAGUCCCCACACCUUCCCCAAAGGGACCCAGGUGAUUUCCAGGAACCAAGUUCGCUUGGCUGAGGUCUGGAUGGACGACUACAAGGAAAUCUUCUACAGAAGAAACCAGCAGGCCUCGCAGAUGGCCAGAGAGAAAACGUAUGGUGACAUUACAGAACGGCGCAAGCUGAGGGAGCAGCUGCACUGCAAGAACUUCACCUGGUACCUAGAAACCAUCUAUCCAGAGAUGUUCAUCCCAGACUUGACUCCAACUUUUUAUGGAGCAAUAAAAAACAAGGGGACAAAGAGCUGCCUGGAUGUUGGCGAAAAUAACCAUGGUGGGAAGCCGCUCAUCAUGUACCCAUGCCAUGGGAUGGGCGGCAACCAGUAUUUUGAGUACACGACCCAAAAGGACCUGCGGCACAACAUCGGCAAACAGCUCUGCCUCCGGUCCGGCUUCGGGCCCGUGGAGCUGGGCGACUGCCAGUACAGAGGGAAGAACACGCGGGUGCCGGCGAACGAGGAGUGGGACCUGGCGCAGGAUCAUCUGAUUAAAAACGUAGCCUCCAACAUGUGCUUGACAGCAAGAGGGAAGCAUCCAUCGAUGGCUUCCUGCAACCCGUCGGAUUCCCAUCAGCAGUGGUUCUUUACUUAGCGGGAAAGCAGAGCAGCGCGAGUGAGGCAGGAGGCCCUGGCGAUCCCAAACUGCACUCAGGAGACCAGAACCCAAAACUUUCUCCGUUUUCUUUCUUUUUUCCUCUUUAAUUUAAAAGAAGCUAAAGCCUUAAAUAUGCUGCAGUUCACAUUUGCCUUGAAUUCACUCCUGUGCCUUUUGAGGGAUCAAAUAUUGGAAUUUGCAGAGGAGAAGAUUAUUUGGCUGUCUCACCUUUUUCUGAGACAAAGCCAAGAAAAAAAAACAAAAACUGAAAAACAAACAAAAAAAAAACCUCCUGCCACUUGCAGCCAACCUAAGUGUCAUAUCUAGAACCCAUCCAAAGCCAAACAGCAUGGACCCGGCCGUGCCAGGGUGACUCAGGGACGACCGGCCCCACUUGCUAACCCCGGGGCAGCCCAGAGAACGGAUCUCGACAGCGAUAACGUGAGGAGCCUGAAACGGAGACUGUAGCGUUGGUUGGAAACCUCCCGCGCCGGGAAGGACGAGCAACUGGGGCUCUGCCAAAAGCGACCACGUGCGUUUUAUGAACCGGCUGUGCCGCACCGUGACGUUGCCGCUGCCCCGCGCGCAAAACCUGGCGGGGAAGCUCCUGCCAGCGAGACGGAGAGCGAGAACCGAUGGCGUUGCAAAUCAAAAGGGACUCGCCGCACGGUUAGCCCCGUGCGGGGAGGUGAAUCACCGUUUGACUUGGCCCCUGCGCGGGGAAAGCUGGGACGGUUGGCGCCGUGCAAACGCGUCGUGGCCGGCAGCGUGCACCCGACCCCGCCGGAGCGGACGGAGGUGAACUGGUGGCACAGCCUGGCGGGGGUAAGAGCCAAAAUCACCGUGUCGACGAAGCGCUGGGAGGUGCGAGACGGCUCCUGGAGCCAGCAGAUCGCCAGGACCCGGCUCUCGCCCGCCACGGCCAAGCAAGCUCCUCGCUCGCGGGAAGGGAAGGGAUUCACGGCUCCUCUGACCCCAUCUGCCUCGGAUUGCAGGCUUGGUUUUGGAAGGGUUAGAUUAUUUUUUGUUCAAUUGCUUUUCUUUUUGGUGUGGUUCAGUUUGUCCUUACACUGAUUUAAAAGACGUUGAGCGCCGCCUGGGCAGCGAUAGGGGACGUGCGAAUCCCGGUGACCCGAAUUCAGGGCGUUCGCACUCCCCGCGGCGGGAGCAAAGGCGCCGGCGGCCGCGUUUGGGCUUCCGCGCGCGAGGUCUUUGGCUGGGACCGGCGGCCGUGCCUCGGUCGGGCAGCGUCUUCCAGGAAAGGGGCCUCGCGGGAGCCCGGCUGUAAAAACCUCCUCGCAGGAGCCCGGCUGUAAAAACCUCCUGUUUUCUCUCUUUUUGUUUAAACCUGACUACUGUAGUUUACACUAUUUUGUUUGCAAGUGUUUUUUUUUCCUAUUUCAAUUUAGUUUUGGGGGGGAAAAAAAAACACUUUUUGGAAUUGGGGAAGAACUUGUCUUUGGAUACACGGAAUAAAGAGAUGCUUUAUUUUACAAAC